AAAUAUAAAGCAUUCUUAAAAAUACAAAAUGAAUCUUGAUGAUCAAAUGGAAAGAUGUGAUGUAGAUUAUUGUAAAAGAAGAGAUUUCUUACCAUUUAAAUGUACUUUAUGUAAUCAAAAAUUCUGUCUUGAACAUAAGGAAUUAAAAUAGCAUGAAUGUCCAUUUCAAUAUCAAGAAAGAAAAGCUCUUUAAUGCAAGCAGUGUAAUUAAGUAAUUAAUUACCUUUCAUCAUAAUUUGAAAUUGAUGUUCUAAAGCAACAUGUUUGUUAAAAAAUUAAUGUUCAAAAAUCUAAAUGCCCCAAAUGCAAAAUUUUAUUAAAUGAUCUUAAUAAAUUUUAUUGUACUUCAUGUAAAAGAAAUGUAUGUUUAAAACAUAGAAUGCAAGAUGAACAUGAAUGUGAUAAAUUCAGCAAAUUUAAUUACUGUGCCAUAAUGUGAUUUUGUUUGUAUUUUAUUUAAGAUAAACUG